AUGAUUAGCAAAGUCUGGUUUCUCCCGUUUUUACUGGGAGUGGAUUGCUACACUAUUACCCAAGAAAUUUUACUACAGAAGACUUUGUUGAACGGAUAUAAUAGAAGAAUUCGACCAGGAAAUGAUAGAAGUAAGCCAGUUAACGUAGUUGCCAGCUUCAACUUAGUGACACUCAAAGAAUUUUCCGAGACUGAUGGUAAAAUUGCAGUAGUCGGCGCUUUCAGAUUAAGAUGGAAAGACGAAAGAUUGGCCUGGGAUCCAGCGUCUUACGGUUAUGACCUCUACAGCACUAAAGUAUUCUUUGAGGACAUAUGGGUUCCAAAAUUUGUGAAUUUAAAUCCAUAUGAUCAACUUAAACGCGUUGGUCUCGAUGAGAUGGAUUGUGUAUUACAAGAUAACGGAAUGGUUGAUUUUCGUCCGCCAGAUUUGUAUGAAUCCACAUGUGAUGCGGAUGUGACGUACUACCCAUUUGAUAAACAAAAUUGUUCCUUAUUGUAUUACAUCCCCGGCUACUCUACCACCGAUAUCAAAAUCUUAGCAGAAUCUUCAACUUUUAAUAUGGAACUCUAUAAAGAAAACGGACUAUGGAAAGUCAUAGAAACUUCCUUUACUAUAGAAACAAUUUAUAAAAAUGUUGAAGUUAUCACUCUCACAAUAUUCAUGACGAGGAGGACAACGUACUACAUCGCUGGCCUUCUUCUGCCAAUUGUUCUCAUGAAUUUCAUUCAACUCUUUGUGUUCCUACUUCCAGUUGAAUCCGGAGAGCGCCUGGGGUUCAGCAUUACGGUUCUCCUUGCGGUGGCCGUUUUUCUUACCAUCAUUCAGGACAAACUUCCGGAAGCUUCAGAACCAAACAUAUCACUUCUUACAUAUAAAUUAUUCGUGGAUAUGAUCAUCGGAUGUGGAAUGAUUUUAGCAGUUGUUAUUGGAAUGAGAUUCUAUCACAGGAGCGAUGACAUACAGGUUCCUUGGAUUCUUCGGGGGCUCACACGUUGUUAUUUAUGCUGCACUCCAAAACAGUCAAUAAGACCUGACGAAGUAGUUCAAAUAGAAUCCGAAAACCUGGAUAUGGGAUCUGAUAAAAUGUCUAUUACAUGGAUUGAUGUUGGAAAGGCGUUUGAUAUUGUUUGCUUAAGUCUUUUCUUUCUCUCUUUGGUAUUGAAUAAUAUAGUUUACUUUAUAACUAUAUUUGUGUAA